AUGGACAAUGUGGAUGGGGCUGAUGAGGCAACAUCACCCUUGGAUCCUGUAGGCGAGGAAUGCAAGGGCCUCCUGAGCAUGCGCGGCGCAGCCUUUGCCCUGCUGCAGCCUGUCUUCAAAGGCCUCCCGACCAUCCAAGAUGCAGUUUCCAAAACAGUGCGAAGGUCAGACGAUGUACACAGUUUGAUCAAGGAGGAGCAGCAUGGCAAGCACGAGCAGCUCAAUGCAGACUCUCCAAAGCUGACCGAGCAGCCUUCAGGCGAAUGCACGCCGGAAGGGAAAGGAAGGCCCAAUCUUGCAGUGCAGGAGCCAGCAGUUGAAGAUGAAGAAGAGGUCGAGGUUGAGGUGGAGGAGGGAGAAGAAGAGGAGUUGGUGGAAGAAGAACAGGAGGAAGACGUAGUAGAACUGCUGACCAGCACAGGCAAAGAAAAGAAAAAGACAAAGAGGAGCAACAUGGAAGAGGACGAGGAGGAGGAGGAUGAAGACGAAGAAGUUGAGCUAGGCAAAGGAAAAGCCUGGUGGCUAGUAAGUAAAGGCAAAGGUGAAGGGAAAAAGGGAACGCCACCGGACAGAUUCGGCAAGAGCGCCGCAGAUUGGGGCCAGAAUUGGUCAAGCAACGGGGAUUCUUGGGGCCAAGGCGCCCAAGGUGCCACUUGGUCAGGUUCUAACUGGCGGAGCCGCAGCGAUUGGGGCCAAGGAAAGUGGCAGGAUCGAAAGCGGAAAAGAGAGGAAAGCAAACCAGAUCAGGAGGAACGGUGGGGCGAUCCACCCGAAGAGCGGCCAGCACAACGACAGCUUGAGACUCCAAGUGUCGAGCCAUCCCAAGAGGAGCCCAGAUCGAAGGAUGAGUGGCUUCGAAGCUGCAAAAGUACAAUUUGCCGUCAUUUUCUUCAGGAGCGCGAGUGCCUCUGCUCCUUCCAAGGAUCAAAGCACAGUAUAGAUUCUUCGGUCACCUGA